CCCCGUUUGGGCUCGAGACCAGAACUGUUUGGAUUUAACAGUCCUUGGUCGGCCCAAGUCUGAGAGUCCGGUGUCUGGACUGUGGUCUAGCAUAAAGGCGGGGCCCAGAAGACGGGGUAGGGUGUAGGAGAAGCCUUCCCCGCAAUGAGGCACGCGCUGGUCCUGCUGCUGCUGCUCCCCUGUACCUCGAUGCCCCCCUCCACUGCAGCCCCCAUCCACGAUGCUGACACCCAGGAGACUUCCUCGGGUUUUCUAGGCCUCCAAAGACUACUCCAAGACUUCGUCGGGCUUUUCCUGAAAGAUGACCUGCUACAGGGCACAGACAGCUUCUUCCCUGCCCCCAUGGACCUUCAGGGCCUCCCUAGGAACUAUCAUCAAGAGGAGAACCAGGAGCACCAGCUGGGGAACAACACUCUCUCCAGCCACCUCCAGAUCGACAAGGUGACCGACAACAGCACAGGAGCGGUGUUGAUCUCUGAGAAGAUGGUGGCAUCCACCGAGCGAGGAGAGAACUUGGAGAGUGACUCAAAGGUACCCAAGAUAGAGAAGAAGGAGAUCCUCAUGCCCAUCCCAAAAACCAUGGACAGCACCCACCCAGAACCUCAUCCGAGAGUGGCCUUCUGGAUUGUGAAGCUGACACAGCGAAGGUCCCACCAGAAUGCCCAGGAAGGUGACCGCUGGCUCAGCGAGAAGCAACACCGCCUGCAGGCCAUCCGGGACCGCCUGCAGGCCAUCCAGGAAGGGCUCCACGAGGGGACCCAGGAGGAAGUCCUUCAAGAAGGGACCCAGGGAUCCUCCUAUUUCAAGCUGCCUGCCCGCAAGACACGCUUCCUGUACAUUCUCAAACCCUCCCAGCAGCUAUAGGGGUGGGAACAGAGGAACACCUGCAUGUAUCCCCCACCAAACCCCACCUCAACCUCCAUAUAGAAAUAAAG